AUGCGUCGCCCUCACGUCGUCACGAGCUUCCUGGUCGCACUGCUCUUCCUCAACCUGUUCGUGGGUGCCGUGCAAGGAGGCAGCGUCGGUCGAUCCGUCGCUUCUCCUCCGCGCGAUAGGCCGCCCGGCCUGGUCUAUCGGCUGAUUCACUCACUCGCGGACAAUCCGCUGGUCGGAUCACCCGCAGACGGUCGCAAGCGACAGCUUGACUGGCCUUCUCUGCUGGGCGUUUCUGUACCGUCAGCUGGUAUGACAGAUGCUACGGCGGGUAGACCGGGCCAUGUCAUCCCAGCGUCGGUGCUCGCCGCUGCCGCUUCGAAGAACACGGCUGGUCCGACUGCGACGGCUGGUUACGUUGUCAGCAGCCCUUCUCCCCUACCUCCUCCCUCCUCUACCGCUUCUCCCACUUCCUCUCCUCUGCCUACCUCCUCGACGGUAGCCACGCCUUCUGCGCCCCUAACGAGCAUCCUCACCCCUCCAGCCACAACCGACACACCUACCUCGCUCCCAACCUCGACAACAACCCCCAUCUCCCCGACCCAUCACAGCCUCCUCUCACCCAAAAACCGCCUCUUCCCGCUAACCGUCGCCGCUCUAGCCGCAGCAGCGCUGAUCUUUCUCAUGCUUCUCAUCUCGAUCGCGCGCAGCAUCGCCCGUGCGCUGUACAAGGAUCAUCUUACGCGCAGUUACGCCUUUGAAGAUCCCCUCCCGCCGUUUGCGCCGCUUCCUGGGCAAGAGGACAAGUUCACCACCCCGGCUUGUGGACUGGGUGCUGCACGCUCGGUGCGACGUGCGAUGCGACGGAGCAGCGCUGCGAUUGGCGAUGAGCUGGUCCAGGGGUGGAGGGAGAAGAUGGGAGUGUGGCGCGAACUCAACCGGCAAAAUCUAAGCGAGGUUUCUGAGGCCUCGAGCGAUGGUGGUGCGGCAAAGCGGUUGAGCCGGCUUGGGUCUCAUUUGCGGAAGCUUACGACGACGCCCCUCUACGAGCCGUCUCAGCCGCGACAGAGCGAUGUUGCCAGUUGCACCGCCACCAUCACUGCCGAUGGCGAGGGGUGGACGAUCGAACCUUCCCGUGCGGGCGACGGUGCCGUUCACCUGGGGGUUCCUGCACCUCCGCCGGUAGUGCGAAAGCCCGUGCCGCAACUCGAACCCGCGCUGCUCUCUGCAAAGCUGGCCGAUCUCGAACGUCAAUGUUCCAGCCGCCGCGAGAGGAAGUGCUUGUCCACCGACGCAACGGGUGCACCCAUCACAGAGCGCACCAAGUCCCAUCAGGAACCGAACAACACGUUGGGCAGGUAUCGUCGUCAAGGCGAACGAAAAGAGGUGGACAGCGUACCCCUCGCCUCGCCCACCCGAUGGGAGCGCGUGCCCAGCAUCGUCGUUCAUCCUGAGCGGCCCCCAAUUGCGGUUGAAAGACCCCUGCCCACACCACCCAUCCUGCCCCAAUAG